GUAAGAAAUCCGAGUUCAUUUGUGAGAUUCAUCUAAUCUCAUUUCUCUCUCUUACUUUUACGGAUCUAAGAAAGCUCGUCGGCAAUUCGUCUCUUCUGCGUCCACUCACCGUGGAUUCAAGGAGAAACGGCAGAAACUGCUUUUCAGGCUGGGAAUUUCUACAAUUCCAAUGGCAGUAAGGAAUCCUGGAUUAAUUGCUUUGUUUGAUGUUGAUGGAACUCUUACAGCUCCACGGAAGGGGGUUACUCCUGACAUGUUAAAGUUCAUGCAGGAACUUCGCAAGGUUGUGACAGUUGGUGUUGUUGGAGGAUCUGACCUUGUUAAGAUAUCAGAGCAGCUUGGCAAUUCAGUUACAAAUGACUACGAUUAUGUGUUUUCGGAGAAUGGUCUUGUUGCUCACAGCGAGGGGAAUCUUAUUGGAACCCAGAGCUUGAAGUCGCACCUUGGAGAUGACAAACUCAAGGAGUUCAUUAACUUCACACUUCACUAUAUAGCUGAUUUGGAUAUUCCGAUAAAAAGAGGAACUUUCAUUGAAUUUCGGAGUGGGAUGAUCAAUGUAUCACCAAUUGGGCGAAACUGCAGUCAAGAAGAGCGAGAUGAAUUCGAGAAAUAUGACAAAGUUCACAAUGUUAGGCCAAAAAUGGUGGAAGUGCUGCGUGAAAAAUUUGCACAUCUCAACCUCACUUUUUCCAUUGGAGGACAGAUAAGCUUCGAUGUGUUCCCACAAGGUUGGGACAAAACUUAUUGCUUGAGGUACCUCAAUGAUUUCAAUGAAAUCCACUUCUUUGGAGACAAGACAUACAAGGGUGGUAAUGAUCACGAGAUAUAUGAAUCGGAGAAAACCAUUGGCCAUACAGUUACAAGUCCAGAUGAUACUGUUAAGCAGUGCAAAUCUAUAUUCCUCUCUUGAGCAAAGUGAGCAGACUAUAUUGUAUUGUCUUCAAUGAUAAGCAAUUUACCCUCUGUCUCCAUUAUCAACAAUAAAAGGGUGGUUGCUAUAACUAUUUUUACUAUUUUUAUUCAUUAAGUUGUUGUAAUGAAACUGGAAACUCUUAUCUAA